AUGAAAAGCUCUACUCUCCUCUUCACUCUCACCACCUGCAUCUCAUCCACUCUCGCACAAAGUGGCCAAGCUACCACAACACGCUAUUAUGACGGUCUGAAAGGAGCAUGUGGCUGUGGUCCUGCAACAGGAAACUCCAUGUUCUCCUGGCAAAGCAGUAUCGGCACCGGCAUCUACACAGCUGCUGUCUCCCAAGCCCUGUACGACACUGGCGGGCUAUCCUGGUGCGGGGCUGGCUGCGGCAAAUGCUACCAACUGACAUCCACCGGGUCGGCGCCCUGCUCGAGCUGCGGCACGGGCGGUGCCAGCGGACAGAGCAUCAUUGUGAUGGCGACGAAUCUCUGUCCGAACAGUGGGAACGCUCAGUGGUGCGCUAGCGUGGGUGGCACGAACGAUUAUGGGUUCGAAUACCAUUUUGAUAUUAUGGCGCAGAGUGAGGUGCUGGGGGAUAACCCGGUGGUGGAUUUCGAGGAGGUGACUUGUCCGAGUGCCGCGUUGACGGAUUAUGCGCAGUGUCAGUGUGCUUGA